AUGGUUGUUUCAGGAAAAAUUUACGCACCUCCACACUACCAUAAAGCUCUUAGAGCUCAGUUGGCUGCCGCUUAUAGUGGAGCUUCAGUUGAACUCAUUGAGUAUUCUCCCGGAGAAUCGUCACUUCCCUCUGACCUGAAGAACUGCCCUGCUGAUGUUGCCCCCCUUUUCUGUGGUGAACACGAACAGUAUGUAACUCAGUGGGCUAAUUUCACUGACCGCAUUCUGAUGCCAUCCGUUGCCGCGUGGCUCUAUCCGAUCCUUGGCGCCACAAAAUGCAACAGGCAAGUGUUAACGAAGGCCCAGGAUAACAUUAAAAAGGCGCUCACUUUCCUGAAUGACCUCCUUUCCUCAAAGGCCUUUCUUGUUGGUGAGCACAUAACACAGGCUGAUCUCACACUUUUUUCUGUUCUUCAAGUGCUCUUCGAACACCUUCUGGAUGAGGGUGCUCGGUCUACAUACCCUAAUGUUGUUCGUUGGUUCACUGCAGUGGCCAAUCAACCUGAAGUCAAGAAAGUAGUUGGUGAGGUGAAACUUUGUGCCAAAACUCCUGUAUUUAAUCCAAAACAUGCACAAAAGCAGCAACACCAAAAGGGUGGCGAAAAGAAGGAGGAUAAAAAGAAGCAAGAGCCUAAAAAAAAGGAACAGAAACCCGAAAAACCUACUGGCGGUGAUUCAGGCGAAGACGAAGGGCCUCCGAAACCCUCUAAGAAUCCUGUUGCCAACCUUCCUGCCGGCACCUUUAACUACGAUGAAUUUAAAAAGGUCUACAGCAAUGAGGAUAUACAGUCAGUUGCGCUUCCUUUCUUCUGGGAAAAGUUUGACCCAACUACGGAUUCCAUCUGGUACUGCGAAUAUAAUUAUCCCGAAGAACUUAAAAUGACAUUCAUGUCGGCAAAUCUUAUUCGGGGCAUGUUCCAACGCUUAGAAAAGAUGCAGAAGUACAGCUUCGCCGUUAUGAACGUAUACGGUGAGAAUAACAAGAGUACAAUCGGUGGUGUGUGGGUGUGGCGUGGGACUGGUCUCAUUUUCGAUCUCAGUCCUGAUCUCCAAGUAGACUAUGAAUCGUACACUUGGACCAAACUUGACCCUGAGGCUCCGGAUACAAGGGCAAGAAUUGCUCCGUAUUUUUGCCGCAGUGACCGUUGUGACGGCAAGGAGGUCGCCGAAACAUGUGUUUUCAAAUGA